UGGGGGCGUGUGCGUUUCGUUUAUUAGUGUGGUUGACGAAAGCGUUAAUAAUUUCACAGGUGGAGACGUCCAUGAAUAAUGGCAUGUUCAACUGUGCCACAGGACAUCACCGGCGCGCUCAGAGGGCGCUGCAAGGAGUGCGAAUGCAAUGGCUUUCAGCGCCUUGUUGAUCUAGUUGGCCAUGAAAAAGUACCUAUUGGCUGGUGCAUUCUCUGUGGGCACUCGCCUGUCUCACAUGGAGCUCUCGUCAACCUAUAUGAGGGUGCACAAGAAGAAUGUCCGCAGGAAGCCGGAUCUCGCAGUGCACCACAACAGUCUUUUGGUAGACAAAUAUGUGAUCAGUGGCCAAGAGACACCACAACUUACCCAGAAAGUGAGCCUGCACAAUCUGUCGCAGGUUAUUCAUUCGACAGUGCAGCAAGCGAUGAAGUUCAACACCCAGGAAGUGCUUCCCCCACAAUGCUAACGCAAGGAGCCGAAGAAAGUUUGCAUUCAAGUUCCUCUACUAAGAAAUCACAAUCAAAAUCCGUUCGGCACUGGAACAAAACAUGUCUGCCGAAAUUUUCUGCAUACCUGCGGCCCCUGCUUGAAGGUGAAAAUAUGCAGUCGAAGACACGACAACGCAUGACAGCACAAAUGAGGGACGACGUCAUUGCCUUUAUAGACGAGAACCACUUAAUUGAAAGCAACAACACUGCAAUCCAAAGGUGGGAGUAUCGAGCAUUUUGUGAGGCACUUAAUGAAGCAUAUCCAAAUAUGCAAUGGGAAACGGAACGAGCCAGGAAGGUUCAGAAACUUGACUGUGAACUUGGCUGGAGCACUUUCAUGCGGUCAGUAAGCACAACGAGAAAGACGAGGAAGCUACGGAUGAAAAAACGACAAGAGUUGUCUUCAGUGAGUGCGGACAAUGGUCCUGACAGGCCUGCAAUAUCAAGUGCUGAUGCAGAGUGCGAGCUCAAGACAAUCAGGGACGCCAUUUCACACCCAGCAAAUUUGGAUGUCAGCAGAAUAAAAGUCUUGCUGGAGGCAACGCUGGAAGCUCGGCGGAAAAGCCCGGAGAAUGAACUUCCUGUGUACUUUCUAAACCCAGACGUGCUUGCACUUGAGGCCGAACUGAGAUUUGAAGCUUCGUUUGAAGACAUGCUAGCCAAGCUUCAACAUGUUCGAAACAAGCUGGGUCGAACAAGCUUCAUCGAGAUUGACGAGUACCUUCGGCCAAAAAAAGCUGAAUUUUCCCUGAUCUCAUUGGAGACACAUGAACGAGGUGUGCCUAUUCCUGGCCCUUGUAUCGUCGCCCAAGAUGGACACAAAGUCGUCUGUAAGGGCCACACCAUUGAUCUGGCUGCGGGAUCAUCAUUGGAGCAUGCUCUAAUCAUUUGCGUAACACUUUAUUUUAUCUUGGAUAUCACGUACCCAAAUGCAUUUGGUCAAACUUUGGGUUUGGUCCAGACAGCAUUAGCUAAGAGGGAGCCUUUUCCACGCUGCUUGAUGUCACACAAACUUACGCUGUGUUUAAAACAGUUGAAACAUCCUGCAAGAACUCGUUAGCUGACGAGAUGCUGUAUGUAAGAUCUUUUUUCUUUGAGCACAAACAAUGCAAAGAGGUAGCAGUGACUCACACAAACCUACAAACUCUAAAGGACAGCUUUUGGGUUUGGUAGUUCUAAAAGCGCAUUGCUUAAAGUUGUGGUCAGUCAUAACAGCUUUGCAUUAAGCAUGUGCACGCAUUGUCACCACAUUUAUGGCAACUGUUUAUUGGUCUAUUUUCUUGUUUGACUUUGUGCGACAAAUCAUAGGAGAUUUUUUGCAAGUGUAUGCGGCAUACUCAAAGCGAUACUGUUGCACUUUGUAGAAAAAUGCGUGUUGCCACAGGGAGGCAUAACAACACUUAUGAGGUUCGCAUUAAAUACAUUACUCUUUCUAGAUUAAAAAAGAAAAUAGCUGUCAUAUCAGCAAAUUUGCAGUAAGUGUCAUUUUCUAAGCUCGUAGCUAAACAUUGAUAUUCGUAGUUAUUUGUUGUGCGUAUGUUGUAAUGGCAAAAUUGCAGCCAUCCACCAAUUAUAACUUUUCCACUUAUUGGGAAUUGCCAAACCCGCUGUUUUCAAAUAUUGGUCCUGAACAUUCGAGCCCAAAUUUUGGCCAAAAACACAUUCGUUGGGUGAACUAGAAUAACCAAGUCUUGUGUCACAGUUCCUGGAAAGUCUGAUUAUAAAGACUUAAUAUUGUGCCUACAAGAAAUUGCGUUAAGCUGCAGUUUUUAAUUAGUGUAUAUGUGCUACAAAUAUAUAUGAACAAGGCAAUUUGUGAAUGGAGCUCAUUAUUAAGAUGUCAGGAAAACUGACAUUACUGAAAUGCCAUUUCUUAUGACAAAUUUUUUAAACUAAGAAAGCCUGUUUUUAAUUUCAAACCUUUUUGAUAUGACAUCCUGCAUAAAAAUUAAGCAUUGUCAAAUGCUACAUGAGGCUAGUAGGCAGUUUCUUGUUUUUUUGAGCAAGGUCUGCACCUGCCCUUCAGUUUACAAGUUGUGAAUGACUUGCAAGUUGUCUUAUCUGUAGUCAGAGAAAUGCUUUUUGGAGGAAAAGUGUGUCCUCAUAUACAGGGCUUGCAACAUGAAAGUAGUAUUUUGUGACUGCUGAAAGUUAGUGUUUUUAUCGGCUGUUUUGAAUGUUUUCUUGCUGUAUAACGGUUUUAGAUGCAGAGGCAGCCCUUCCCUUCUAAGCAUGUAAAGGUUAAAAAAGAAUUUUGACCUUUUAUAUGAAGCAUUCCCGUCAGCCUUCAUUUUAGUGGCAACACAUCUUGUUCUUGCCUCUUUGUAGCCUUCUGAAUUACUCCUUGUUCUCUGUGGUCGAUGCAGUGGAAUAGCUGUUUAGUGCUUGUGCUUGCUUGGCUCUGGUGAGCGGUGUUAUAGCAAUUUAGGAAGCUACCUUGCUUGCUUCAGUGGUUUUAAUAAAAUUCAUGAUACAGCAGGAAAUGCUGAGUAGCUGUGAAUUGUAAUCUGUUAUAACUAAUAGCUAAUGCUGGAAGGUUGAUGCCUGCCUGCACAUUUAGUUUGAAGCAAUGUCUGUACCUGUUUUUAAGACUACAAGCUGCCUUAUAGUUUCGUCUUAUCUAGUCGGGCAGAAAAGUCCCAUUGAUGGCAUGCAGUAGGCUUCAUUGUUUGUUGCUGUGGAGUAUGGGUCUCUUGAUUGUUUAGUUUGGAAUGAUGUUGUUUUUGCAUUGUUGCGGUUCUGAACGAUUGUGUAAAAGUUUUUAUGUAAUAAAAUAUAAA